AUGAUCGUUCGCAGCAUACUUUUCGCCCUUAUCUUCAAUACACUCUCCUCAUGGGCUUUUGAGUUUACCUUCCUGACGAUACCUGCUCAAUGCGAAGAGCUCUCAAUCUCUAUCAAUGGAGGUGUUCCACCAUACCGGUUGCUCAUAGUACCCAUUGGCCAACUUCUCACCCCUCCCGAAAUACGGACCAUCAUCGAUCGAAAUAUCACGGGUACUACUGAUUCAUUUAUUUUCAACUAUCCUGCAGCCAGUAGAUUCGUAGCUAUGAUGUCCGAUGCCACUGGUAUUGGAACAGGGGGAACUUCGGCUAUCAUUGCGGUUGGAGGCACGGGAACCAAGAGCGAAUGCCUUCAGUCCAGUGCAUCGAUGCCAUAUUACUAUUUAUACGUAGAUCCUCAACCGCCAGUUCAGUGUGGUAUGACCAAUAUCAGCUGGGGUCCGAGUCCAAACGGGCAGCCCGAAGGCCAGGUGACGCUUUACAACAUUGUCAUUGGAGGACAAAGCAGUGCUUUCAACAUCCCCAGUGGCGCAAGCUCAAUCAACUGGAAUACAAACAUUCGCACAAAUACAACGUUAAUGUUUGUGGCCGGAGACUCGCGCGGUCCUGGUACUGGUGGGAGCAGUGAACUGUAUACCAUUGGUGCAGGCAGCAGCGAUUGCAUUAAUUCAUCAUCACCGUCAUCAACUCAGCAACCUCCCGCAGGUGGUAUCAAUACUGCAGGGGGGAGCAGCACAGCUACCUCAACCCCUUCUGGAUCGUCUGGGGGCUCAAAUAACGUAGGUGCCAUUGUUGGUGGUGUUGUUGGAGGAGUAGCGGGUAUAGUUAUCAUUCUCUUGGUUUUGCUGUUCUUCUAUCGCCGCCACAAGCAUCAUCAAAACGCGGGAACACGGCCUAUGAAACCGGAUCUUAUCGACCCUUCAGAAGAACGUCCCCACGUAGGAGACGAGCGUGCAGGCUUUUACGAACCCGAGCCGUUUAUUAUGCCUCCGCCUGAACCCGAUCUGGAAACUAGUUCGCAUCACUCUUUAUACACAGCCAACGAUGGCGGUGCGCGGCCGUCAAAUGUGGGCCCUGCCCCUGGUGGUCACGCGCGUGCUCCUUCACGCUUGUCAGUGACUACGGCGAGCGAGCUUGGCGGCGUCCCACCCUCUUCUAACGGAACGCGAAAAACGGGCAUGCCCCCAACCUCUUUCCGGGCAGUUAACUUCAUCCAGCAUGAUGACGGAGGGGAGGUUACGGAUACUCAGGAACCAGAAACCAUUGAGCUGCCUCCCGCGUACACCGACUUCAGGAGCAAAGUCACAGAAUCAUCGAGUUCUGGAGCGGGUGCUAGUGGCAGUAGUAGCAAUGCGCUCACAGAUCCUCCGGCCGCAUCGUCCUCUGCUGCGGCGGGUACGGCAUCUUGA